UGCUGCCGGCUCGCGCCUCGACUGCUGCCCGCCAGGACAAGGGCUGCGCUCGUGCCCCGACCCCCGCCAUGAGCCCCGAGGAAAAGCCCCCGCCGGGCCGCUCCCGCGGGAGCCGGGCGCCACCGCCGCAGCCUCCCUGUGGCCGGGGCCGCCGGCGGGGCGGGUUCCUGAGCGAGAUCCGCACCGCGAUCCGCACCGAGCCCUUCCAGGAGCGCUACAGCCUCAGCCCCGGCAGGGAGCUCGGCAGAGGGAAGUUUGCAGUGGUGAAGAAGUGUGUCAAGAAAGAUACAGAAAAGGAGUUUGCAGCCAAAUUCAUGCGAAAAAGAAGAAAGGGCCAAGACUGUCGAAUGGAAAUAAUCCAUGAGAUAGCUGUCCUUGAGUUGGCACAACGCAACCUUUGGGUCAUUAAUUUACAUGAAGUUUAUGAGACUGCAACAGAGAUGAUCUUAGUUCUGGAAUAUGCUGCUGGAGGUGAAAUCUUUGACCAGUGUGUGGCUGAAAGGGAAGAAGCCUUCAAAGAAAAAGAUGUUAAGCGGCUUAUGAGGCAAAUUUUAGAAGGAGUUUCAUUUUUACACAGAAAUAAUGUGGUACAUCUUGACUUGAAGCCCCAGAAUAUUCUGUUAACUAGUGAAUCUCCUUUGGGAGACAUUAAGAUAGUUGAUUUUGGCCUUUCCAGAAUACUGAAAAGCAGUGAAGAGCUAAGAGAAAUUAUGGGAACUCCUGAAUAUGUGGCGCCUGAAAUUCUGAGUUAUGACCCAAUCAGUACAGCAACAGACAUGUGGAGCAUUGGAGUACUAGCAUAUGUCAUGCUAACAGGGAUAUCGCCUUUCUUGGGAGAUGAUAAACAAGAAACAUUCUUAAAUAUAGCACAAAUGAACAUAAAUUAUUCUGAGGAAGAUUUUGACCUUAUAUCAGAGUCUGCUGUGGAUUUCAUCAAAACCCUUUUGGUUAAGAAACCUGAGGAACGGGCAACAGCUGAAGAAUGUCUGCAACACCCAUGGCUAGCACAAAGUGAUAUUCCAGACCCUGUGUGCAGCAUUAAGAGUACAGCAGAUGAGGUAAAUACUGUCAUCCAAAAAGAUGGAGAUUCUGCCUCUGAAAAUUCUACAGAUGCUGAGAAAACUGAAGGAGACGAAUCAGUAGUGACAGAGGAACUAAUUGUAGUGACUUCGUACACACUGGGACAAUGUAGGCAGUCAGAAAAAGAAAAAAUAACUGAGCAAAAAGCCAUUUCCAAACGAUUUAAAUUUGAAGAACCAUUGCUGCAAGAAAUACCAGGAGAAUUCAUUUACUGAACCUUAUGGGACAUUGUAGCUGUAACUUAAAGGGAAUCAUUCCUACAAAAAAAAGUUAAUAUCCAAGUGAAUCUUGCCUUGAUGUGCAACAAACUUUCUAGGUAAAAAGGAAAACGUUGAUAAAAGGCAGCUAAGAAAAAUAUGCCAAGCUUUUAAUUUCAUAGGAUGCUUAAACAAGAUUUCCAAGAUGGCAGACAGGAAUGCAACAGCAAUAAUGGCUUACUUUCUGUUAGGGAAGGUGGGGAGUUUAUACUGUUCUUGAUAUGUGAUUCGUUCAGACUUUGUCUUCAGAUAGUAGGGAAUACUAACUAGCUGUUCCUGUUCUGAAGAAGCUGAUGGUAUGAAGAGUUUCAUCUAUGAAAAAAGAAAUGCUAAGAGACUCAUUUUUUGAUUAAUUUUCCAUUAGCUGUGAAUACACAGGGCCAGAUUUGCCUCUGACACUCCUUUUUUACCUUGAUAUAACCCAGUGAUUUCAGUGGCUAAGUUCUGAUUAAGAAUGGUGUCAGAAGAGUGAGGCCAACUGAAUCUACACUCAAUUUUUUUUUAAUUCUGAAUUUUGAAGUUGGGGUUCUUCUGGAAGAGUCAUUGUUGUGACUUCUCAUUCCUCUGAUUGUCAUCUGUGGAGGGAGAGAAAGUCCAUAGACUGAGUUGACCCCUUUCUAUUUAUCUAUCAGCUGAGGAAGGAACUCCCCAUUACCUGAAUAGAAUAAAUUGAGGUCUGGGAAGCACCUAUCCUUCAGAUACAGGAUAAAGUGGUAUAUCUAUGACUGGACAAAGAGUAGGAUUGGGCAGCUGUAUAGAUGUGACACAGCUGUCAGUGAGGAUGGUCCCUCUUUAGGAUAAUUUAGGGACCAACUGGGCAGCAAACUUUGACAAGUUCUGUGACUUACAGAUGCCAGGACCUCAGACUGAGCCCUUAGUUUUCUGAGAUGUUUAAAAAUCAAUGCAGUUCCAAAGUUCCAUUUUUAUGUAAUUGAAGUUUACUGCUAUUAUCUCAUGUACUGUUAACUGUUCAACUAUUUAUUUUGUUUCCCCAUUAUUCACAAUUCCUUGAUAAUAAAUCCUUUAUAAAGUUUUCUUGCUAUGACACCACAAAUAGGAACUCUGUUAAAUUAGAUUCUUCUUCACUUUCACAAUACUCCAAUUUUUUUUCUACUCUCAUAAAACACAAACCAGAAUGUGUUUACCAUUUAAUUCUUUGGGCCUACCAACCCGGAGUUUCCAGUACUAAGUGCUAAUCUUGAAAAUUCUGUCUUCACACAAAAGAUGAAUGGUAGUUUACUAAUAAGCACAAGUAGGUUUCAUUAUAAAUGUUUGUAUGAGCUAGCUGUUAGUAUGGUUGUAAUAAAGCAGGGAAGAGAUGUUACAAAUAUAUAGAAGAAAACGGCAUGAAAAGCAGUGUGACCUAGAGCGAGAAGCUGUACAUUUCUUUACUUAAUGGCUCCGAGCCAGUAGUUUGUCUGACUGCUUUCAGCUGAAUCCACAUCAGGAAAAUUGCAUCUAUAAACUACUAUGUUCCAUCAUACUUAGCUUGCUUUGUCCCUGCUGAAUUAUAAACUGAAUGUUCAUGUAGAUAGGGCAGCAUCUUAUUCCGUGAAGACCUUUCAUUUAAUGUACAGUAGUUGUGUACUCAGAACUGAUCCAAACUGAGUAACUUAUUCAUAUUGUAACAGUCAGGUGAUUGAUUUGUUUGAAGCAUUUAGAGUUGUACAUUUAGAUUACUCCUCCUGCAGACAAUACCCAUCAAGUUUUUAUAUCAUCAGAGUUAAGUUUUCAAGCAAGAUUUUGGAUAGCUAUGGAAAAACUAAUAAUAAAAACAAAAUUCUAACAAAGGAA